AUGGCGGAUACCGUACCCAAAGUAGCUGCGGUCCAAGAGUUGAGUUUGCCCACCGAUGAGCCGACUCCUCCCCGACAACAUAGAACGUGGUAYAGGACAACCCUAUUCAAUGCGUUUGUUAUCGGAGGAGUUGGGUUCAUAGCACCUGGACUCUGGAAUGCGUUGAAUUCUUUGGGAGCUGGUGGAGGUCAAAGUCCCUAUCUUGUUAACGCGGCCAACGCGCUUGUGUUUGGAUUGAUGGGGAUUCUCUGUUUGUUUGGAGGGCCGAUUGCUAAUACCAUUGGAUUGAAGUGGACGCUUUUCCUUGGAGCGAUUGGAUACCCGGUGUACUCGGCUGGUCUGUAUUGCAAUAAUCGAUAUGGCAAUGUAUGGCUUGUUCUGGUCGGCGCUGCGACUUGCGGAAUCUCUGCUGGUCUUUUCUGGGCUUCGGAAGGUGCUGUUGCGUUGGGAUAUCCGGAGCCAAGUAAACGAGGACGUUAUAUGAACAUCUGGCUGUGGUUUCGAACUGGAGGACCACUCUUGGGAGGAGUAAUUGUCCUCGCUCUGAACAAUGAUGCGAAUGCCGUCAAGAAAGGCAAGGUCGGAUAUGAAACCUAUCUGGUGUUCGUCGCAUUGCAGUGUGUUGCCGCACCCAUAGCGCUAUUUCUCACCCCGCCUGAGAAGGUCCAGCGUGCGGAUGGGAGCCGAGUGAUCGUACGCGCGGAGAAGAGCUUCAAGGCGGAAUUCGUCGCUCUCUUCCAGGUGUGCAAGAGGAGGGAGAUUUUGCUGCUUUUACCGGUGUUUUGGGCAGCGUACUUCAACCAAUAUGCUGGUAACUUCCAGACGUAUUACUUUGGCGUACGAGCCAGAGCCUUGAUCGGCCUGACAAAUUACAUCGGAGCUCUGGUAUCCUCACAGAUCAUCAGCACACUGCUAGAUUACAAGAAACUUACCGUGAAGCGACGCAUAGAGAUUGGCUUCUACUAUGUGGUCUUCCUCCACAUCGUCGCCUGGGUCUAUGGGUGGGUCAUCCAAGAGCGGUUCACACGCACGAAACCUGUAUAUGAUUGGGCGGAUAAGGGGUUCCUCCAGGGAUACUUCGUCUUGAUCUUCUGGCAAUUCGUGCAACAGGCACUGCAAAACUGGCUCUAUUAUCUGUUGUCGACCAUGACGGACAAUAUCUCUGAGCUCUCCCGUUUCUCCGGGAUCUUGAGAGGUCAAGAGAGCUUUGCACAGGCCGUGUCGUUUGGGAUCAAUUCCAGGGAAUGGAAAGGCGGCAGGGUGCCUUUGGCGAUCAAUACCGCGCUCUUGGUAUUUGCGGUCGUUCCGACGUGGCUGGUAGUCCGGUCACAUACUCCACACGAGGCCAAAUCCACAGAAGAAAUCGAGGUAUCAGAUCGGAAGGACCUGGAGUAG